AUGACAUCAAGUGAGCCUGAAUAUGACAGUAUUAGUGCGCAAUAUAGUGCGGUGAAGAAAACUCAAGUUGGUAACAUUAUCGAAUAUUACACAGUUUACAAAUAUAUACUUCCAUCAUUACUGGACGAUAGUGGCUUGCUAACAGGAAAGCGUGUACUUGAUUUGGGAUGUGGUGAAGGUCGUCACACACGUCAGUUAAAAGCGUUAUGUUGCGAUUAUAUUCUCGGCGUUGAUCAAAGUUCAAAAAUGAUCGACCUCGCUCGUGAAGCCGAGCGUCUUGAUCCAAAAGGCAUUGAAUAUUUGGUAGGUGAUGUCAAGCAACUUCCCCCACCUGAGCAACCUUUUGAUUUGGUCACCGCCUUUUUCCUAUUUCCACACGCUCAAACACGAACAGAAUUACUUGAUAUGGCACGCACUGUUUAUUCGCAACUCGGUGAAAACAAACAGUUAAUAGGUGUGACGGCGGAUUUCAAAUUAGAUCCACCCGAAUUCAAUCUACGCAAAUAUGGAUUAAUGAAAUCGAUCAAAGCCUCUGUGGACAAAGGUUCAAUACCUGAUGGCACAGAAAUUAAUGAAAUACUUGCAGUAUUGAUUACGUAUCCAAUGAAUCAUUUUUCAAAUAUUUUAACAAAAGAUAACUUAGAUUUCAAGUGUGCUUUUUAUCAAUCUAUUUUAAAAGUCUUCGGUGAUAAAAAAAAUCUCUAUCGUUGA